UGACGCCGGGCAACAAAAUUAAUCUGCGCCACCUAAGAUUAAACCCAGUGAACCGGAAGUAAACAAAUAUGUACAUGACGUAAUUUGUUAUGGAAGAAAUCAGCUGUUCUGACACAGAAGCUCCGACAGAAUUCAAUACAAAGUCAAUUUCACAAAGCUUAAGUGGCCUCUCCGUUGCUGUAGAAAGAUGCCCCCUGUGUUCAGAAGCAAGACGACCAUUCUACUGUAAAGGUUGUGUGAAUGAAGGGCAAUUCCACCACUCAACAGCAAGAUAUCCUGACAGUUACUUGGACAAACAAAGAAUAUGGGAGCAGAAAAAAACCUUACGGGGUCAUCUCCUCGAAGGUUUCAAAGAAAAAUCUGCUCCAGUACAAAGGAAGAUUGUGACAAAGACACAAAUAGACGAAUGUAGACGAAACAUUGAACUGCUGAAGACGUCACUUCAGGCUUCGAAACAGUUAGCCUUAAAAGGCAAAUCGGCACAAGAGAGAAUUCGGCGGGAAAACCUGAUUCGAUAUGCAAAAGGGAAGAAACAUCAGGAGAAAAAGAGGCGAAUCAUUGACUAUAUCGUCAAGGUGACUGAUGCGAUCGCCAAAAAGAGGGAAAAGUUGACGGAGCGCCAGGGAGAAGUCAUGGAACUCAGGAAAUCACGCAUUGCAGAUCUCACAACAUACAUAUUUCCAGUGACAGCAGUUAAGAUGGAAAGAAGUACAGGCGCUAUGGGAGAGAGUGACGAUGUAUUGAAAGAGGCGUUACAGGAAGCCAGCCAGAUGGCUUAUGUGCGGGGCAGGUGGAUAACGGCUAGUAGCAGCAGUCAGUACAAGAUAGUAGCUCCAGUUCUGCCGUCAAAUGGGGACUACUCUCAAUAUAAUAUUAUGGUUGCCAAAGCUGCAGAGGAGGGCUCCAGGGAAGACACAAGCCACACAAGCCCAGGGAACACAAUCAUUGCGGGGCUUUGUCACACCUCACAGCUCCUCACACUUCUAGCUUACUUUCUCAGUGUAAGCCUGUACAAGAAACAGUGCUUCAGUGAAUUCUGCUUGGAUGAGGUUCCAGAACGCCAGUUUAAUCGCUCGGUGUCGCGAUUGAACAAGAACGUGCUGUACCUGUGUUUUUCCCAGGGUGUGAGCGCAGAGCGAUUGGAGCCUAAACACACACCGCAUAACUUGGUGGAACUGCUGAAUCAUAGUCAACUCGGCAGGAUUGGCUGGUUUGAUGUUGAGCAAGAUAUGAUGGAUUCAGUCGAAGAUUCAAAUGGACAAUCGGACGAGAGUGACGAUGAUUUUAACAACUGUGCGAAAGGGGAGCUGGACUCAGGGGAUUGGGAGACUGUACCGGACAACAUCCCCCUCCCCUCAGCUGCCACUCAGCCAGAGUCCUUGCAAGCCCUUGGAUACGUAUCCCAGGAUAUGACAGAGUCAGCCCUCACCGCCAGCAGUGUUCUCUCCUCUGCUUUCAGCACUUUUGGGUCUUACUUCAGGAGAUGAUUGGUUUUAUUGUUUUUUGGGCAAAUUGUUCAGAACUUUGUUUAAAGGCCUAGUUUAAGGAAUGUUUGACAUGAUAAUCCCCUGCUGUGCAUCUCCUGCUAAUUGCACUGGUGUCACAGUAGGGGCCAAUUGCCUGUGUAUUCGUUUAUUGGCUCAGGGCCAUUUAGGGUCCACUUCUACAAUAAAACUUCUAAAACUGCACAGCAGGAUACUCAGAUCUGAGAUCUGAUAAGAGGGAUCAAGGCAAGUAGAUUAAGAUCAAUAAACAGAGGCUGUGUACUAUACACAUAUUUUAUUUAUUUUUUUUGGGGGGGGGUGUCACUAAGUCUUAUAGAUGGCUUAAACUAGGCCAUUAAGUAAACAACGUGAUAAACAACAUCAUUGCCACGUUUACGUUUAAAGAUGAAACAUUUUCUGAUGUGCUCAUAUAUUUUAAUAAGACUAACACAGCUGAACAGCUUUUUCAAAUAUUUGAGAAACACUACAAAUCACAAAUAUAUCAGUGAAAUUCAAAGAGCAGUAAAGAGACACAAUGAUAUUAGCAACUAUGUUAACUUUGAUAAAGUUCUGAGCAAUCGGCCUAUAGCUUCGUUUUUAUAAGAUUUUAGCAGGGAUAUAAAAAAAUUCAGCAGAUUAUUCAGUCUUUGAAAUUAGUUUAGCUUUAUGCUGGUAUUUGUUUGAAAACCCAAAACAACAAUAAGCAGACAUGACAUGUUGAGUCAUGACAUGUUGUAGCUUGUGACCUCUUAUCUACCGUUUUUAGCUUGUCUAUUUUUGGAAUCAAAAAGUUGAAGUAUUUUCAUAGCCUUGGAGUCAUUGCCAUUGACAUCAUUUAUGUGCAAAGAACAUUUGACAUAACGAAUAAAACUUCAAGAUAUUCAAACAUAUUUAAUAAAACUUCAAGAUAUUCGAACGAAACUUGGUACAGACGUUGAUGGAGACAAUAUGAAUGUGAACUGCAAGGCCCAUAACUCUUGCUUCAAUUAUUGAAGAGUGAUGUUUGAAAAGCAAGUUUGACAAGUGCUUGUGCUUUCCCUGCAGUUUUCUCAUCCAUCUGUUAAUGUCUCAGACUGUGCUGAUUUUAAAGAUUACAACGAACAUGCCUUACAACCAUCUUCUGAAAACGAACAGUCACAUCUUAAACAUCAUUUUCUUUUCUCCUAUAAACAGGGCAUUAAAUUAUUCUUAACAAAAUGAUUAUUUGUACAUGUAAUUGACCUCUGUAAAGGUAAACAUUCAAUUCAAUUUUUGUUUACCUACAAUAUUGUAUAUUUUUGCAUUCAAUGAGAAAUAAUCAUGCAGCAGGGAUGACCAAAUGAUGUAAAUCUAGCAUUUAGAACAUAGUGUUAACGCUCAUGUCUCAGCCAAUGGAAUCGCUUGAUAGAAUUCUGAUUUAAUAAUUUAGAAAGCCUGUGAUGACUCCCAACACUAUGUAUUGUACACAUGGAAAAAACUGAACAAAACUUCGCUGAAAUAUCAGGCAUGUUUUUCAUUUCACUGUAAAUUUUAGAUAUGCUUUCUUAUAUGUCUGAACAAAAGCAUUGGAUAUUGUUAUUUGCCUUCUCAUAUGAUUUGGUUACAUGUACGGUAGAUUUAUAUUGUUGUCAUACUUGGUGUCAUCAAACUUUUUGGGGUUUUGUUUUCAAUGUUCAUCUUGGCAUACCUAGGGUUGGAGUUAGGUUUUUAAAAAGGACGGUGCUGCAGGAAAGGGACAGGGUGCUGCAGAAAAGGGACAGGGUGCUGCAGGAAAGGGACAGGGUGCUGAGGGAGAAAAGGGCACAUUUUAUCAGACUAUGAAGAACUUGAAUGUAACGAUUUUGAAUUUUUUAGGAUAAAGUAAUAUCAGGUUUCAACUGCCAAUAUGUAAAAUGUGUAUGUAUUCAUAAUCAAAAUAUACAGGGCAAGUUUUAAACAUUUUUUUAAUUUUUUUAACAGUCUUAACAGUUUAUUCUAUGAAGGCAAUCAGGUGCUCAUGCUGGUCCUCCUGGGGGCAGAAAGGUUCUACCAAAAAUUGACAGAGUGUUCAAUGUAGGAAAUGGGCAUGAACAUCUUAUUUAUUUUGGGGUUCAACUGGUCUACAUUAGAUAACAGUGACUUUUAUAUCUUAAAAUGUUUGUUAGAGCCUGCAAAAUAUGGAACAAUAUUUCGUUUUUACCAAAAUUGCUGGAGUCUCCAAAAUUUUUUAAAAAAUGGCGUCCAAGAUGGCCACCAAAAAAAUGAAAAAUACCCAAGUUCAUUUGAUGUUCUACUGAAUUUCAUUUAUGGUAUAAAAAAGCGAUUUUUGGAAUUGAUAUGCAUUGCAGUAUGUGAAAAUGAGCUAUAACAUGAGCAUACAUACAUGUUUACACAGAGGGUUGUUGUUUUGUCGUAGCAUACAUGACAUUGUAUGCGCCAUUUGUUAUUGUUUAUGUCUUUAUUUUCAUCAAAGCAUUAUGAAUGCAAUUUUUAAGUGUUGUUAAAAUAAUUACAUGGAUUAAGAAUCUAAAAUCGUUCAUGUUUUAAACAAUCAUCAUUUUGUAUGUUUACAUGUAAUAUAUAAUAAACUUUCAAACAUAAUUUAAAAGUUUUACUCUAAAAAUAUUUUGUUAAUACUAUGUAUUAUUUUAUAUGGAGUAAUCAAAUAUUGAAUGAUCAAUGCAUUUCAUCCAAUAAUUCAGUAAAACUGCCAGAUAUUGAUGCUUUGUAUUUGUUAAUGAUAGCAAUAAAGGUUGGCAUUUCUUUAAUGAACUUAAGGGGACAUAUGUUUAUCUGUAUGAAUCAGCUUAAAUAUGAUAUUAGGGGUAUACAUGGUCCACACAUUUUCUUAUACCCUUCAGUUUAUGAAUUGUUAUAGUUUUAUGUUGAAGUUAUGUUUAGUGCCAUCCUUUACACCACAGCAUAUUCAAAACCUAUAAUGAAUAUCCUGGGGUGUCGAGGAUGGCUAAGUGUUCAAAUAGUGAAAACUUGAACUCAAAACUGCCUUGUCUAUGUUACAAAUAUUAUUGUGAUAACUUGGUUUCUCUUUGCAUUGAAUGUGCAAUGAUAUAAUCUGACAAUUCUAAAUGUAAAUAUUUAUUACAAGCAUUUUUAUGGUAUUAAAUUUUUAUGAUGCA